AUUACUGAUUCUUGGUUGAAGUCCACACCAAGGUCACUCUUACAUUCUUCUAUUGUCUAUCAAAAUCCUUGGUGGGUUGCAGGCAAAACUGGUGAAGAGUGAGUGAAAGACAUAGACAGAGGCAACCAUGUCUUCCCCUCUUCUGCUUGCAGUGCUGCUGCUAGUUGGCAUCUGUUCUCCAGCUACAGGGAAAGUGUAUGGGCGAUGUGAGCUGGCAAGGUUACUGAAGGCAUCAGGAAUGAGUGGAUACAGAGGAGUCGGCCUGGCUGACUGGGUCUGUCUAGCAAAAUGGGAGUCAGAUUACAACACCAAUGCACAAAACCACAACACAGAUGGCUCCACAGAUUAUGGCAUCUUCCAGAUUAACAGUCGCUGGUGGUGUAGAGACGGAAGAAUCCGAUCUGCAGAUGGAUGUGGCAUCCCAUGCAGCCGUCUGCUGAAUAGUGACAUCGCUGAUGACAUUGAAUGUGCUAAAAGAGUGGUGAGAGACCCCAAUGGAAUCGGCGCCUGGGUGGCCUGGAGAAACCAUUGCAGAGGACGGGACCUCAGCAGCUACACAGCAGGGUGUGGUGUAUGAGUGACAGAUUGGCAUUCAAGAAGACACUAUGGUGGGCCAGGACUAAACACCUCUUGGUGUUUCUCUAUUGCUUUUGAUUUACUCUUUUUUCCUAAUAAAUAUACAAAUGUGUAGAGAUUAAGCUUUGGGACUAGCAACACUCUUAACAUUAAAGGUGCCAGAGUGGUUCUUCAGAACAAUGGCAUAGGUUAACCAUUUUUGGAUCCUAAAAGCCCCAUGAAGGUUCUAGAAAGAACCUUUAUUAAUGUAGAUCCAUAACAGGCUCCAUACAAUAAAUAACCGUGAAUAGAUGGUAACAUAUUUUUUU